GGCGGACGAUGGACGUAUAUAUGGCAUAUACCCAUACAAAUAUGUGAUUAAAGUGAAUGUAUGGAACUGUCAUUACACAUGAUCAUUAAGGCAAGUGGCACUGUGAAAUCAGUGACGAAAAACACAAGCAAUGCUGUAAUGCCCUGAAUUCACAAUGGAACUACGACUACCAGCGACUCACUUCAGCUCUCCUCUACUGGGGAGCUACAGUCUGCCAAGUCUUGCUGAAGGCAGUGAAGCUAUCAGUGAAGCAGAGGAAAUCCACGAGGUGAAGUCUCUUCAAGAGAAAGGUAACAAAGCCGUGAGGGCCAAAAAUCACACUGAAGCACUGAGGUAUUUCAGUGAAGCUCUGGACAUUGACCAGGGCAAUGUUGGUGUCCUGCAUGACCGUUCCUUGGCCCUGCUACAGAUGGGCAGGUACAACGAGGCCCGGGUGGAUGCGGAGGCGGUCAUCAUGAUGAGUCCUGGGUACUCACAGGGACAUCAUGUUCUGGGGCUCUGUCUUCACCAUCUCAACCAGAAUAAGGAAGCUCUUGUUUCCUUCCUUACUGCUCUUGACCUUGACCUUGAUGAAGCUGACAGGCUGACCAAUCAUAUUGCAUCGGUAGCUUCUCACCUCUGUGAUAUGCCAUCAGAAUUCAGAAAAAGUCUUAAAGACAUGGACGCCUAAAAACUCAGUGAAGUUGGCGUGUGCCUCUUCCAGAGCAAGAAGUUUGAUUUGUGCAUCCAAGUUCUCGAAGCAGCUCAGAAGUUUCAGACAAACCAGAAAGGAAUUACGAUGAAAAUACUUCUGACGAUGGCAAACGCUCACACAAGUGUACGUCAGAGAGAACAGGCUAUAGGUCUGUACUUGGACUGCCUCUCAAUGGCCGUUGCUACUCAUGACCAGUUGUAUCAGACCAAGUCGUUGGUCAAUGUGGCCACCCUCUAUCUCGAGAAUGGAGACACCUACCAAGCCAUAAUAUACUAUGAGAAACUGUUGCAUCUGAAAGCCGAGCUCCUCACAGAGGUGGGACACUAUGAAAACUUGCCUGACUUUUGGACGAAGGAGCUCCAGUGUGGGUUGCAUCUGAAUCUCAGCAUCGCGUACAAGUCUAUCGGGAAUAUGCACUCAGCAGUUUAUCAUGCACAGAAGUAUAACAGUUUCAUGAAAGAGUUUGGCUUCACAGGAAGAACUUUGGCAGAAUCUCAUCACAAUACUGGGAUGCUGAAUGAGAUUUUGGGAAAUUAUAAAGAAGCUCUUGAACAGUAUCAACUGUAUUUGAAUCUGUCACAGAAAAACCAAAACAGGAAGGGUAUUGCACAGGCUUACGGCUGUAUGGGAACGGUCUAUGCUGCUCUGAGAAACUGGACUUUGAGUAUUACGUACCACGAGCAGUACAUCAAUAUGGCUGCCAAAUUUGGUGAUAAGCGUAUGCUUGCUAUCGCUAAUGAGAUGCUGGCUGAUUCAUACAUGCUUAAAGAGGAUCAUGAAUCUGCUGUGAAGCAUUAUGAGGCAAUGCUGAAAGCAUGUGCUCGGACCGACAGUCGGACAAAGUGUACAGGGUUGUGUAAGCUCGGUAGUGCGUAUCGUGCUCAGUCGAAGAAGCAGUAUAGCUUGUAUUUUUACGAACAAGCUUGUGACAUUGCAAGGGAUUAUGGGUACACAGACAUCCAGACAAUGGCUGAAUACAACAUCGCUUGCAUCCAGCAGGCGUCUACACAGAUGCAAGACAUCGAACAGGCCUUGAAAUAUUUCCAGAAACUUAUUCCGUUCGAAACAAAGAUCAGGGAACAUGUCGAUGAGGGUACUCACAGGCCGGCUGGAUAUGACGAACAGCUUCUGGAGUGUUAUGACGGCAUCCAGUCUGUUCUAAGCAAGCUUGGGAACAAGGAGGAGGGUCUUCAGUUUGCUGAGGCAUUCAGGAAGCGCACUGUCACCCAGUUACCCAAUUAUGCAUCAACCUUAGGGCAGACUAUUCCGAGUACACUUGCAUUGCGGAAUAUGUGGACUGUUGAGAGGAUGAAUCGCUCAGUCAGUCAGCAGAAUGGGACUGUAUUGUAUUAUUCGCUACUGGAUUCAUCACUGUUGCUAUGGGUACUGCAGCCUGGCAGGGGAUUGGUCAGAUUCUAUACAGGAAGAGCUGGAAAGGAUAUGUCAAUGCGAGAUCAGAUCCAGACUCUGAUUGACGAAGUGCUGUCAGACUUUGACAAGGAGAACCUUAUCAAUGAAUGUGAAAACAAAUCCCUCCCACUUCCAGAUUCAAACUUGAAUAAUAUCCGCAAAACCAACAUGAAACUUGCCAAACAAUCUGAAGAAACAGAUACUUCCAAGGCAUCAGAAAAAGACAAUUCUUCACCGAAAACCAAGAAAUCUGCAUUGAGGCAACUCUACAAUAUACUAUUUGCACCAGUUGAAGAUAUUUUGUCUGGCCUGGAUACCAUGAGCCAUUUGCUGAUUGUUCCGGAUAAGGAACUACGUCAUUGUCCAUUCGGAAUUCUCCAGGACUGGAACGCCAGGUACGUGAUGGAUCGGUUUCGGAUAACUUUUCUUCCCUGUAUCCUCCUACUAGACAAAGUCCUCCAGAACGAGAUGGACCAUCUCCGACACCAGGACCAGCUAGAGUUUGACCGGUCCCAGUCUCGGAAAGGAGGGACCAACAAAGUUAUUGCUCUACAGAAGAGGGAGAGUUUGUUUUCUGAGAUCAUCACACCAUGUGAUCUCAGCAUGUCCAGUCUUGAGAGAGUCAAUCUCAAGCAUGUCUCCAAUCCGAGACUGUACACAUCAGGGGUUUUGGCAACUCCAGACAAGGGAAGGAACUCUCAGGUAGCUUUGAGCAGGGAGGCAACUUUUCAGUCUCAGCUGUCCAAGGCAGAGAGCCGGAGGGGUGAGGUUGGUCUUGAGGGUGUAUCACCAAGACCUUACCCGGUGGUUGGUCGACCGGUGUCACCAGAGAAGAUGCUGAGCACACAGACGUACACCACUCUGACGACACGGACAUCCACCGGGACGGACAUCACGACGUCAAGUCAGAUGGUGACGCUGUAUCAGCAGAUCAGUAGCAUGGAGCGAUGUUUGGUGUACGGAUGUCCGGAUAUACAGGACAGUGUGGAGCUCCGUGGUCAGCCGUGGAGACCGAGGUGUGACCUUGACAACACCAGGAAGGAGCUGCAGCAAGUAGCUGAGUGUCUUGAUGUCGACCCGGUGGUGGGGACCGACGCUACCAAGAGCAGCUUGCUGCAGGAUCUACAGAAAGCCACUAUUGUCCACAUAGCAACUUUUGGGUGCUGGAGAGAGAACCUGCUUGUCCUGACCCCUAACAAGGCUCGUCUGGAGGACGGAGUGGCCAGGGAGAGGUCGUACAUCGUAUCCCCAGAGGACAUCCAUAACUUGAAGAUGUGUGCUCAACUGGUGGUUCUCAACUGUGGCUACAACCCAUGGAGAAGGGAGUGGAUUCACAGCUUCAGUCUGCCAGCAAGCUUCUUGGCUGCAGGGGCCCAGUGUGUAAUGGUGACCCAGUGGCAGGUAGCAGAUAAUGCUAUGGACAAAUUCUAUCAUCACUUCUACAUGUCACUGCAAAAUGGCUGCCUGCUGUCUGAUGCGGUCCGGACUGGCAUGGAGGCUGUCAGACAUGAUGACAGGUUCAGGCAUGUGUACAACUGGUGCCCAUUCAUUCUGAUCGGGAAAGACACUGAGGUGAGCAUCAACCAGAUCCGCCAUGCAAUGCUGGACCAAAAGCUGGACAACACUGAAGCCACUGUUGAGAAGGAGACCGGUCAAGAGUACCUCAACCCCAGGAAUGUCGUAGCACAUGUGCCAACAAAGGCAGGGAGAACUGGUUUGAGACUGGAUGCUGCCCUGAAGCGUCUCCACACAGAGGACAACAACAAGCAGACGUCCAAUCUGUCGGCGGAGCUGACCCAGGGGAAGGGGAUAGUCCCUCUGCUGACGAUGCUGGGCUUCCACUUCCAGGCUAUGGGGGCCUCUCUGUCCGCCCCCUACAUCAUCUACCCCCACUGGAACAAGGAUGAGAUGCUCAUACCAGCCUACGAUGCCCUCAGAGCCCUCACAGACAUUGUUGGGAAUGCUGAGUGCAGCCAGACCCUGUGUGACAUACUGCCUCUCCAACAGGAUCACAUCUCGCUGCUGGUCGACCUGAUGAGCAUCACAAGACAUGCUCCAGAACUUCAGCUCAAGGUCACUGACCUUUCUGUGCGACCUCUGUGGCAGAACACCAAGGUGAAGAAACUGCUGACAUCAGCAGGUUUCCACCAGAUUGGCCUCUUGCUCAACUUUAACAAAGUUCCAGCCAACAAGCAGCUGUUGACGUCCCUGCUGCAGCUGUUGUUGGCUGUCAGCUGUCACAAGAGCCAGGUGCUACUGUACCGCCUGGACGUCAACCUCCUAGGUCGAUCCCCCAGCCCGGGCAGACAGGUAGCACUGUGGAGCGGAGGAAGAGAUGGUGCAAAGAUGAAGCUGGCUCGCAGCAAGUCUAACCUGGACGAAGACUUCCAGGACUACCUGGAGAGGGCCAGAACCUGGCACCAGAUGACGGUCACAGCUCAGGUGGGUUCAGCUGGAUAA